GCGUGCGUAAUUCUCGUGAGCUGCUGUUAGCGUGCGUAAAAGCUUAACGCACGCCGUGGGUGGCGCGGAGAGGGGGGCUAGAUCGACGCGUUUGGGUUGAUUGAACGGUGCCCUACUGGUUUCCAGUGUUUAGCGAGUUAGGGAAGUUGUGUGUGUGUGUUUUCACACUGGUUUCUGUAAGGUAAGGCACUGUCUCUCUUUGGCUUUGGUCUUUUUUCGGAUAUCUAUGCGUUUUGUUUGCUUGUUUUUUUACUUUCUUUGUUUUUAUACGUGCGAUUGCUUAGCAUCCCUAUGUUCAAACACGCUGAUCAAUACCCAUGAUUAAACACUUAAACAGAUAAACAGAUAAACUGAUAAACAGGGACUCCCCCAGAUCUGUUCCUGCGCACCUGAAGUGCAACUCUGUCUGCUUUUGCUGUUCGUAGCUGUUCUCACGCGCCAGUGAAACGAGGAGGAGCUGCACGCCAGCUGCAGAUAUAUUUUUUAAAUGGGUCUAGAAUGAAGAAGUGGAGGGUGAGGGCAUUGAGUGGGCUUUCUUAUUGAUUGAGUAAUUACUCAUCCCCCUAAAACACCUCCCACCCCCACUCCAACACUCUCAGACUCUGUUAGACUCAAACACACUCUGAAACUCAUGCAUAUUCCUUACAGACCAACUCAAAUACAAACAUACAGAUUUAAUACUUAGAAACUCUCUGAAAGACACUCUCUCAGACUCACUCUUACUCACUCAAAAACAAUACGUUCAGACUCAGACUCUCAGAUGUAUCAGAACACACUGUCAGAUUAACUCAAAUACUCAAUUUGAGACUCACACACUCUAAGAUUAAUUUAAAUAGAGUCUCAGAUAGGCUCGGACUCACUCACACACUGAGACUCACAUAAAAUGAGUCUCAGACUCACUUAAACUGAGACUCAAACACUUUCAGACUCGCCUAAACAGAGUCUCAAACUUAUUAAACAGAGUCUCAAACCCUCUCAGACUUACAUGCUCUCAGACUCACUUAAACAGUGUCAAACACUCUCAGACAAACACACUGUCAGACGUAUUUAAAUAGAGUCUCAGACGCUCUCAGACUCACUUAAACAAAGUCUCAAACACUCUCAGACUCACUUAAACAGUCUCAGACACCCUUAGACUCGCCUAAACAGAGUCUCAAACUUAUUAAACAUAAACGCUCUCAGACUCACAUGCUCUCAGACUCACUUAAACUAAGUCUCAAACAGUCUCAGACUCACUCACACAGCGCCAGACUCACUUAAACAGAGUAUCAGACACUCUUAGACUCACUCAGAGACUCUCAGGCUCACUUAAUUUUUUUUAGACCUACCCACUUAAUUACAAACGUUUAGACUCAAACACAAGACUCAAAUGCACAAAUUCAGACUCACUUUCUCAGACUUACUCAAACACACUACACAGUAACUCAAAUACAAAUGUUAAGGCUCACUUAUACACUCUCAGACCCAAUCAAACAAAAACUUAAACACAGACUCAGAUUCACUAAAACAGACUUAAUUAAUCUAGACUCACAUUCACUCAGACUCACAUUCACUCAGAUUUAAAUUCACUCAGAUUUAAACAGACUCAAGACUCACUCAGGCUCACUUUCAGAUUUUCUCACGCACGCUCUCUCCCAGACUAACUCAAUCACACACUCUCAGCCUCACUCACACACGCGCACACAAACACACCCCUGCCCUCCCCUCCCCUCCCCGUUUGGAUCCAUUGAGAAGGGAAGGCAACGUGGAGCUCAUAGAUGAAUCAACUCCAAGCCGAGCGCGAGAGGGACUUUAGAGCGUGCAUGGCGCGAGCGUGCACGAGGAAAGCCAUGAUGUAAAGGUGUGUGUGAGUGUGUGUGUGUGCGUGCGCGCGCGUCUGUGUGUGUGUGUGUAAAGGAAAAGCUGGGGGGGCGUAACGAUGGAACAACAGCAACAGUAUUGGCACGCGAGCGAUUAAUAACAGCAUCACCUUCCCGCGGACCCGCGGACUCGUGGACUUGUGGAGCGGACUGCGCGGGACUAGGGGGGAUCUUCUGCACGAGCACGAGCGCGAGGACCGGACAGGACAGUAGAGGAGCAUCGUGGACAUCCAGCCGCAGCCGCAGCGAUGAGGCUCUGGGCAGUGCUGACCUGCCUGGCCGCGCUCGCGCUCUGCGUUUUUGCGCGCAACGCCCGGGUGAGCAGGGAGCUCGCCCACGCGCGCCAAGCCGCCGUGGCCGCCGCGCUCGGCGCACAGUCCGGAGCCUGCGGCACGCGCCUGCCGCGCGGCAAGCGCUCCGUGCCCGGACCCGAGCGGCGCGCGCCGGCGGGAGCCGGCAGGAGGAGAGCAGGGGAGCCGGUGCACGAGGAGCGCGACCGGAGCCGCGCGGUGCGGUUCGGGGGGCGCGGGGAUCAGCUGCGUCUUCGGCCGGCGGUGGACGUCCCGCGGGGGAACUUCACACUCAGCAUGUGGGUAAAGCCCGAGGGAGGACAGCGGCCGCGCGCAGUGAUCGCAGGCCUCUUCGAUAAGUGUUUCUACGCCUCGAGCGACCGCGGCUGGAUAUUGGGUAUAAAGCCUGUAAGUGAACAUGGCAACCGUGACCCGCGAUUCUUCUUCUCCCUCAAGACGGACCGAGCUCAUAAGGUGACCUCCAUCCACUCCAGUGCCCAUUAUGUCCCCGGGCACUGGGCUCACGUGGCGAUCACGUACGAUGGCCUCUACAUGAAGCUGUUUGUGAACGGCGCUCAGACUGCUGUUAGCAGGGAACAGUCUGGAGAUGUCUUCUGUGCGCUCACUAAGAAGUGUAAGGUGCUGAUGUUGGGUGGAAAUGCCUUGAGCAAUAACUACCGUGGCUCGGUUGAGCGGGUAACUCUGUGGAGGAAAGCCCUGUCCCAGCGUCAGGUCGUACGAGACAUGCACGGCUACGAGGACUCGCAGGACCAAGUCGACCUGGUCAUCCGGGAGAGUUUUGAACAUCCUGGAAGAAAGUGGCUCCCGGUGAAGGAUGGCAGUUUCCCGCAGCCGGAUGAAGGUCCCCGAGCUGGGCUGGGCUCCCUGGACACCACCCUGGAGCCUCCAGCCUGCGGUCAGACUGUAUGCGAUAACGUGGAGGUGGUCCACAACUACAACCGCUUCUGGAGCUUCCGGCGUCCGAAGACGGUGCGCUACCGGGUGGUCAACGUCUUCGACGACGAACGCCGCAGACCCACGGUCACGGACCAGCAGAUCCACCUGCAGCACCAGCACCUGAACGAGGCCUUCGCCAUGUACAACAUCACCUGGGAGCUGACGGUCCACAACGUCAGCAACUCCUCGCUGCGCUGCCGGCUGGUGCUGGCCAACUGCGACAUCAGCAAGGUGGGCGACGAGGACUGCGACCCCGAGUGCAACCACACCCUGACGGGCUUCGACGCUGGAUACUGCAAGCCCCGGACCCACUGCCCGAACCACAAGCAGAAAAACGGAGUGUGUGACCCCGAGUGCAACUGGGAUAACUACGAAUACGACAACAACGACUGCUGCAACCCCAACGUAACCGACGUGACCAAGACCUGCAUCAACCCGGCCUCCAGUUUAAGGGCGUAUUUGGACGUGAAGGAACUGAAGGAGAUCCUCCACCUGGACGGCUCCACGCACCUCAAUGUCUUCUUCGCCAACUCGUCCGACGAGGACCUGGCGGGAGUGGCCAAUUGGCCGUGGGACAAGGAGGCCUUGACUCAUUUAGGGGGAAUAGUCUUGAACCCGUCUUUCUACGGAACGUUUGGCCACACCCACACCAUGAUCCACGAGAUCGGACACAGCCUGGGCCUGUACCACGUCUUCAGAGGCAUCUCGGAGAUCGAGUCCUGCAACGACGCCUGUCUGGAGACCGAACCGUCGCUGGAAACCGGAGAUCUGUGCGCCGACACGAACCCUACGCCCAAGUACAAGCACUGCAGGGACCCGGAGCCCGGCAACGAGACGUGCGGCUGCCGCAAGUUCGUCCACACGCCUUUUAAUAACUACAUGAGUUACGCAGACGAUGACUGCACAGACUCGUUCACACUAAACCAGGUGGCCCGCAUGCACUGCUACCUGGACCUGGUCUACCAAACCUGGCAACCCAACUACAAGCCAUCCAUCGUGCCCAUGCCGCCCCACGUGGUCCACCAGGGUCAGGACUCCAUCACCGUGGAAUGGUUCCCUCCGCUUACAGGACACUUCUAUGACAGAGAAGUGGGAUCAGUGUGUGAUAAAUGCGCAGAAGGCCGGGUCUUCCUCCAGUACGCCUCCCACUCCUGGUCCCCGCGGCCCUGCCUGCCUUCCGGACACUGGAGCCCACGCGAGGCCGAGGGUCCGCCCGAUGUGGAGCAAGUGUGCGAGCCAAGCGUCCGUACCUGGAGCCCCCACAACGGCAUGGACGUGGGCCUGGUGCCUCCACCCUGCCCCCUGCAGGGUUGCAUGCUCCAGCUGGAGUUUGCUUUCCCCGUUGUACCUGAAUCGCUCACCGUCUGGGUCACCUUCUGCUCCCCCGAGGAAACUGCGCUACCCGCCAUCCAGAACAUCAUGCUGCUGACUGUAGGUGGGCACAACAUCUCGCUGGGUCCGAGCAACGUGUUCUGCGACACCCCGCUGACCCUCAAACUGGACGUUAAGGAGAAGGUGUACGGGGUGCAGUUCUUCACCAUGGAGCAGCACCUGGAGAUCGAUGCUACCAUGCUAACCUCCAGGCCUGACUGCCCGCUGUGCCAGAACUGCGAGCCACUGAGAUACAGGCUUCUGCGGCAGCCUGCGUUUUCAUACGGUCCGAGGGGCGUGGAAGUCAGUGAUGCAGGACGGAGAUACGUAGACAGGGAUGUCAAGCAUGGAGUGGUGUACACAUACCAGGUACAAACGCUGUCCAGAUGGGGCGAGAGUGAGCCAUCCCCUCCACUUAGUCACCGUCUCGGCGUGCCGUACUGCGGAGAUGGAAUCAUUCAAAGGUCCCAAGGAGAGCAGUGUGAUGAUAUGAACUCCAUGAAUGGAGAUGGGUGUUCCAGUCAGUGCAAGAAAGAGCCUUUCUUCAACUGCGUUGAUGAGCCCAGCAUGUGCUACUACUAUGAUGGUGAUGGGGUGUGCGAGGACUUUGAACGAGAGACCAGUGUGAAGGACUGUGGGCUCUACACCCCUAGUGGGUUCCUGGACCAAUGGGCCACUUCAGUGGAGGCAUCUCAUGAAGAAAGGCUGUACUGCCCUGCCGAUGUAGCUGCCGGAUACCCCGCCAUCACUAAGACCUGUCAGUCCAAGGUGUUCGACCUGUCUGAUGGUGUUUCCCAAUAUGCUUGGUUUCCAUGCCGUGAGGCCCAGCAGGUGACCUGGUACCGGCAGUACUGGCUCAAGGCCUACUUCUCCCACCCAAUGGUAGCGGCAGCAGUUAUCAUUCAUUUGGCAGCAGAUGGAACGAGCUUCUUGGACCAGACCCAGUGCAACAUGUCCGUCCAGUUGGUCGACACGAAGGAGAAGGUCCACAACUUAGGUGACUGGCGCCUGAGUUGCCGUAACAACCCCCUGGUGAUCCCCGUCAACCACGACCUCAGCAUGGCCUUCUACCACACCAAGGCCAUCCUGCUGAUCUUCCGCUCUGAGCUGGUGGCCGUCUCGGGCGUGGCCCUGCGCUCCUUCCAGUUCUUCGACCCCAUCACCAUCAGCGGCUGCCAGAGCAACGAGAUCUACAACCCCAUGGGCCAGAGUUGUGUUCAUUACUCGUGCGAGGCGAUCGACUGCCCGGAGCCGAAGGUCCGCAAUGCAGAGUUGAGGUGCAGCGGGGGCUUCUUCAACGGCGCUCGCUGCACCGUCACCUGCAACAGCGGCUACGUACUGCAGGUCCACCGGGACGAUGACCUCAUCAAGAGCCAGUCAGGAUCCACCGUGACCAUGACCUGUACAGACGGCAAGUGGAACAAGCAGGUCUCCUGUGAGCCAGUGGACUGUGGCCUUCCUGACAAGUACCACGUCCACCCUGCCAACUUCCACUUCUCCGAGGGGACCACCUACGGCAAGAAGUGCACCUUCCAGUGCAGGGAACCUGCUCAGCUUGUUGGCACUAAUAACACCCUGACAUGCAUGGAGGAUGGGCUGUGGUCCUUCCCAGAAGCUCUGUGUGAACUCCGCUGUCCAGCUCCCCCUCCUGUGCCCAACGCCGUCCUGAUGACCAAACGCUGCAACGAGACCGGGCUGAAAGUGGGCUCCCUCUGCAAGUACAAGUGCAAGCCUGGCUACCACGUCACCAACAAAUCCAAGAGGCGAUCGUUUAAGCGGCAGUGUACUGAAGACGGUCGUUGGCUAGAGGGCGCCUGUGAGCCGGUGACGUGUCCACCACCGCCACCGGUCUUCCACGGCAUGUACCAGUGCACGGACGGCUUCCGCUUCGACAGCACAUGCUGGCUCCAUUGCCAUGGAUCCAAUCGCACAGACAAGCCUCCACUUCCCUGCAAACAGGGUCCCAACGCCAACGUGAUCCGCUGCCGGAAGGACGGGAACUGGACCGGAGAUUUCCGAGUCUGUCCGCAGCUGAAGGGACAGUGUGCUCUGCCUCGGAACCUCAACCCAAGUGUGUUCGUCAGCUGCAGGAAAGGAUACGGCAUAGGAGCGGAGUGUGAUGUUUCGUGCCGAGACAACAACGACGUGGUCAUCCUCCCCGACAACAUGACAGCUAGCAACGUCCUGGAGCACCACUGGAUGAACCCUCCCAAAGUCAUGCAUUUAGUCUGCACCAUGGGUCUGAAGUGGUACCCGCACCCGGAGGUCCUCCACUGCAUCCGAGGCUGUGAGCCGUUCCAGGGCGAUAAUUACUGUGACGCCAUGAACAAUAGAGCCUACUGCAACUACGACGGAGGAGACUGCUGCCAUUCCACUGUCAAAACCAAGAAGGUGAUCCUGUUCCCAUCGUCCUGCGACGUCCACAGCGACUGCGCCUGCCGGGACCCCAACGCCCCGGAGAACAGGAAGGGGGAGAGCAUGUACUCCCUGGGCUGAGAGCAGGACCUCGGCGGGACCCAGCAACAGACUGGGGUAGAGCAAGACAUUGUUUCAGAUAUGCUGCUUCACAAGUGUACCUCUCCUGUCCCAGCCAUCGCAUCUCAGUCCUCCAGCGUCCACGUCCGCUUCCGUCCUCCUGCACUCCACUUCUUUUACUUUUCGGAAGGCUCCCAUCCCCUUUACCCCUUCAGGAAGGAUAAAAAAAGAGGAAAAAAUAACAGAAAACAGGACCAAACAACAUGAAAACGAUAAAAUUAUCGUAAAAACAUCCAAAAAACAUCUCCAUCUGUAGAAGGAACGAUCUCUCUCAUCACUCUCUUUCUGUAGAAACGUCCGAAGAAACGUAGAAGAAAAGAUGAACAACGAACACGAACAAAAAAUACAAAAGAUUUGAGAAACAUUUAGAGCAGAUUCUGGUUAGCAUGCCUUUCUGUUCUAGGUCUUUCUGUGCGAUAAAAAUGUGAUUUUAUUUUAUUUUUUAAAACCAAAGGAAGGUUUCAACAGUAGACACACUUUAACACAUACAAAUACAUAAAAAUAUAUAAAAUUAGAACAGAAAAUGACAAAAUUACAAAGAAAUCCAGUAGGGACCGAAGAGUUUGGACGACUGAAAGCGAAAAAAGCCUAAAUUCGCGAGCAUUUAAACAUUUGGAGCUCAUUUUUUUCCUUUAGAAGUUUGUAAGGGUUUCUUUUGCAGGCCCAUGCUGGGCUGGCGAGGGCACCGAGCGUGUCCCAAUCCCAGCAGAAGUAAAGAGUGUGUGCCCUCUGUCUGCUAACGCUGGGAAUGCGUCCCAAAUCCCUCAAUCCCUCAAGAUGAGACCAAACCGAGCAGUGGUAGGAGAUGGCAGGACGGUAGGAGAUGGCAGGAUGCACUAGAAUGCAGUCGAGCCACAGUGGUUCCUUAAACGUCCAAUUUCCUCAGAGAGGCGAUUCCACAGAGUCCGUGACGUAAAACCUCAAAUCUAAUAUCAUUUUAAGAAAGAACGUGGAGGAGAACAUCGGCUUGUUGCGUAAUGUCCCCUCAGAAAUGUUCUAAAAUAAAAAAUAAGCAUGCCAAAAAGGAGGAGAAAAACUUUGGAGUGAUGCCGAAAGAACCGUUGAGUCAUUAGAACAACUAGUACCGCUCCAAGUCCUUUACUCUCCUGUGCAACAUGACUUUUCUUACAAAUUGGAUCACUCAUAGAUUACUCUUCAAACUUUUAAAUAAAGAGUAAUUAAAUGCAUGCAGUGCAAAUCAUGUAGUGUAAAGUCUACAAAAUGCUAUAUUUAUUUCUGUAAUGAACCUUUCAGUCAAUAUUUCACAGUCCAAAGGUUCUUCAGGCAACCAAGACAAUGUUUUUUGGGGGGAAUGCUACAAAAGGAAUAAAUUAAAAAAAGAAAACAGGUUCCAGAUUAUAUAGUAGAUCCCCUUUUGGCUCCUUAAUCCAUUCUCAGAUUAAAAGGUUCCUAAAGCAAACAAAAUGAUACCAUGGGACAAAAAAUCCAUUGGGUUUCAUUAUAAAUUAUAUAUAAAAAAAAACAUUUAUGUGGAUGAUUCCUCUGGUGGAUUGUUUCUGCCAUAUUUAAUUGUCAUUUAAGGUUGAUUUUUGACCAAAACAGUGGUUGAAGUCUGUGUAGAAGAACCAAAAAAAAAAAGACGUUCUAUGAUUGGUGAGUGAAAUCAAUUACUUGGUUAAAACAUUUUUUUUAGUAAACCAAUGAUUUUCUGUAGCAUCUUUUCAUUCAUACUUCCAGGAUGUAAAAUUGUGUCAUCCAAGAUAGAAAAGGCUAUAGGCAUCAGUUCUCACAAAUAAAAUUGUCAUUUAACGUUGAUUUGUGACCAAAACAUUGGAUGUAGAUUGUGUAGAACAACCACAAAAAGAUUAUCUUAUGAUUGGCGAGUGAAAUCACUCAUUUGGUUGACAAUUUCCUUAGAAAAUCUAUAGAAUCGGGAACCAGUUUAUUAUUAAGUUUGGUGUAAAACCAUGAUUUAAAAGUUAAUCUUUUAUAUCAUCCCACAAAGAAUAUUGACUUUAAGUAUUGACUGAAUGGAUCAUUCAAGCCUAUAGACGUACCGCAGACAGUGUACGAUUCACUAAAAGCCGAUGUUCUCUUCACACAAUCUUUGGUUAAGAGAGGGCAUUGGCUCCGACUCAAACUCAACUCAAGAAAACCAACAUGAAGUUCAACUCGCUGACCGUGCUAAUCAGCGUUAGCAUGGCCGCUGGUAAUGUUGCUGCUAGCCUUGCUGCUACUAAGUCGAGUGCAGUCUGCCUUAAAAUGUACCUCCUCAAGCCGUGUCUCAACGUACAACUUCAGCAAAACUUCCUCAAACUCAAGCCAAUACAGUGAUUGUUCCAUAAUAUAUAUAUAUA